AUUUAGGCAAAGAGUAGUUUAAAUAUUAUCAAUAUUUCAGGCUGUUCAGUGCUUUUAACCUUGUGAGUGUUUUUAAAUUAUAAACUACAAUACUUAUGUUAAUAUGAACUGUGCCUAGUUAUUUAAUUUUAUACCAAAAAAUGCCGCUUCCGCCAGCACUUGCAGCGCGUCUUGCAAAAAGAGGUAUCUUAAAACCGAGUAUAAAUGGUUCGAGCAAUGAACCUCCUGCACAAACCAAUGAAGAGAUUAUUGCAGAAGAUUAUGAUAAUAAACCUGAAGAGCAUAAUAAUGUAGAACAUUUUUGGGAAGGUAUUGAGGGAGUAAACGUGGACCCAAUCAAAGGGCACAGGGGCUGUCCAAAUAAAUAUAACAUUUAUCAUGAAUGUACAAAGUUUUGUGUUAAAACUUGGAAACAAGGUAAAUCAGUGCCAGAUGAACAUUACUUAGAGAAUAAACGUAAAGCCUUAGAGCUUUGGCCGCUACCUGCUGGCUGGGAGGAAGUUUAUGAUGAGGGUUGUGGUCAACAUUAUUAUUGGAAUGUUCACAAUAAUUUGGUAUCAUGGUUGCCACCUGCACAUCCAAAUGCUGUACCGACUGAAAGUGCUUCGCAUUUACGUGAAGAGCGAUUACUGCGUGAGGGUGAUGAAAGUGACAACAGUAGUGAUGAAUCAGACCAAGAAGUACCUCAACAACAAACCAAGGAGAAAUCUCGUGAUCGUAGAGAAAGGGAAAAAGAUAUAGUUCAUCACAGAGAUAAGAAAAGACCCCGUGUCAAAGACAAUGAUUUGGAUCCUAUGGACCCUGCUUCAUAUUCUGAGAUUCCACGUGGCAAUUGGAGCUCAGGUUUGGAUCGACAUGCAAAGACAGGAGUAGAUUCUACAGUCUCGGGACCUUUAUAUCAAAUGAGGCCAUACCCAGCUCCAGGUGCUAUACUUGCAGCCAAUGCAAAACAUCAGCAAUCCCCUCCUCCAUCACCAUAGAUAUGAAAUAUGUUUCUUGUAAUAAACUGUGGAUUUUAUUGUUAUGUUUCAAAUGCUUAAUGAAUAAUACAUUUUAAGCCACUUAUUUUAAAUACUGUUUAAAAUUUCCUAGAUUGAUCAAGGUGAUGGCGUGUUGUGAUGAAGCGAGGGA